GUAUGAAAUAUUAGCAGGCUUUCAUGAGCUGGUGUCAAAGGAACCAUGGCAACAACAGCUCUGACUGGGUUUUCCAUGAUGAGCUUGCUCAGCAUCGGGUACCUGACCUGGGAUCUGAUGAGCCCCAACCAGGUGGAAAAUGAGCCCGACCAGACUUUUCAAGGCAGGUUUCCCGUCCCACAGCCUCCUCAUAUAAUCUUCAUCAUGACAGAUGACCAGGGGUUCAACGACAUCGGCUAUCACAGCUCGGACAUUAGGACGCCGGUGCUGGAUAAGCUCGCUGCAGACGGAGUGAAGCUGGAGAAUUAUUACGUUCAGCCCAUCUGUACCCCGUCCAGGAGUCAGUUCAUCACCGGCAGGUACCAGAUUCACACUGGUCUCCAGCACUCCAUCAUCCGUCCCCGCCAGCCCAACUGCCUGCCCUUUGACCAGGUCACCCUCCCUCAGAGGCUUCAGGAGCUCGGCUACUCCACCCACAUGGUGGGCAAGUGGCACCUAGGCUUCUACAAAAAGGAGUGUUUACCCACCCGCCGUGGCUUCGACACGUACUUCGGCUCCUUGACAGGCAGCGUGAACUACUAUACCUAUAACUCCUGUGAUGGCCCCGGACUCUGUGGCUUCGACCUCCAUGAGGGGGAGUCUGUCGCCUGGGAUCAUAAGGGCAAAUACUCCACCCAUCUGUACACGCGGAGGGUCCGCAAAAUUCUGGCGACCCACAAUCCUCUGUCCGAGCCACUCUUCAUCUUUCUCUCGUUUCAAGCUGUCCACUCACCCUUACAGUCUCCGCAGGAGUACAUCCACCCAUACAGUGGUCUGAAAAAUGUUGCACGGAGGAGGUACGCUGCCAUGGUCUCAACUGUGGAUGAAGCUGUUCGAAAUAUAACAUACGCCCUGCGCAAGUAUGGAUACUACCAGAACACUGUCCUGAUUUUCUCCACUGAUAAUGGUGGCCAGCCGCUCUCUGGUGGCAAUAACUGGCCUCUUAGAGGACGUAAAGGCACCUACUGGGAAGGGGGUGUCCGGGGUCUGGGGUUUGUCCACAGCCCUUUGUUACAAAGGAAGAAGAGGGUGAGCAAAGCUUUGGUGCACAUUACUGACUGGUAUCCCACACUGGUGGGAUUAGCAGGUGGCGAUGAGUCACUGACUGAGGGGCUGGAUGGGUAUAAUGUCUGGAAGGCAAUCAGUGAAGGAAAAGAGUCGCCUAGAUUAGAGAUCCUCCACAACAUCGACCCUUUGUACAACCCUGCACGCAGAGGUUCCCUGCAGAAAGGAUUCGGGAUAUGGAAUACGGCCGUUCAGGCCUCCAUACGAGCAGGAGACUGGAAACUCCUGACAGGGGACCCCGGGUAUGGAGACUGGAUCCCACCUCAGAUCCUCCCAGGCUUCCCCAACAGCUGGUGGAGCCUGGAGCGCCACGUUAAACCCCGCAAAUCAGUGUGGCUCUUCAACAUCUCCGGGGACCCCUUCGAACGCUUUGAUCUGUCUGAGCAGAGGCCAGAUGUUGUCAAACAGCUCUUAGCCAGACUGGUGUACUACAACCGCACUGCCGUGCCAGUCAGGUUCCCAUCAGAGGACCCGCGGGCUCACCCUCAGCUGAACGGAGGGGCCUGGGGCCCCUGGGUGGGCGAUGAGGAGGAAGACAACUGGGAUAGAGUUUAUCUGAAAAAGAACAAGGAAUGGAAGAAGAAACUUAAACAGUCCAAAACCUGGUCACUUUUUAGAUGCCUCAACUCAAGGAUGAUGUCAAACAGAAUAUGA